AUGGGCCUCUGUUUCUUUUGGAAUCUUUCUUUGCAUGAAUUGCUCUGCCCUACAUCGAGCGCUUGGGGUCCAUGUUUCACGCAUGAAAGUUGGUGGAAAUGCGAUGAUGGAAAGAUCGGCUCUAUCGAAAAGUAUUUGGCUUUACAUUUAUUUUUAGCUGAUGAUAUCAGCCUUCGAUACUCAGGCCCCGCUGCAACGUCUUUUAAAAGUCAGCUGGAUGAACUCGCCGAAAAGGAUGCGCAAAAAUUUCCCUCUGUUGAUGGAUUUAUCCAAUCGCUUCAGCCAUCGUCUCCUUAUCCUUCCCUGAUCUCUGUAAACACGCCGUGUGACACGCCGCAGUAUACGGCUGGAAAUUCUCAUGGGUCGCGUCUUACAAAACUGGGGAUUAAAAAAUCGCUUAUUACGACGGACAAAAAUUCAUCCCCCUCACCUAUAGACUUUGACCAGCUAACCCAGAAAGCAGCUGAAGUCUCGUUAUCCAAAUCUCCGUUCUCUGCAAGUUCGCCAAAAUCCAUACCUGGCCAAACCCAAUCUGCAUCUUCAUCUAUUUCCCAAGAGCCGCUAUUUGCGACCAGCUUUUGCCAAGAAGGCGAAUCUGAUGAUCGCCUUGGAAUGGGCAACAUGAGACGACAUAAACUUGCUCCUAAUUCGGGCUCGUCAGUCUCGUCUUCCUCGUUGUCAAAAGAUACUAGAGGCACAUCUUCAAGUGAUUAUUUCUCCUCCAAUAAAGAGCAUGAGGAACGCCAAUCCUUAGAACGCCUACGUAGCCUACAAGGGGCCCAAUCGAUUUCCUCUGAAGAUUUCGACCCUAGCCCCGCCAACACUGUAAACAAGCAUAACUCAUUAUCACCCUCAAGUAGCUUUAAUGAUCUUACUCAAGCAGGGAUUGAAACGCUCAAAGAUUUCCUGUCCAAAUCCAAGUCAAAGGUGCGAAACAUUGAAUUUUAUUUGUAG